AUGGCAUACUGGAAAGCUGCUGGUCUUACCUACAAUCGUUACCUGGCCGUCGCUGCUCGCGCCGUCCGCCGGUCCCUCCAGGACGGCCCUCGUGCCGCUGCUGAGCGCCGUGGACAAAUGGAUUUGCGCUUUGCCAAGUGGGAGAACGGCAAGCAGGGCGAAGUCAAGGGUCUUGGUCAGGCCAACGAAGAGGCUAUGGCUCAGACUGCCGGCUCGAAAUAA